AUGGCGUCGGCUCCAAGCUCGAAUACGCCCGAGAACCCGCAGGCCAGGCUUGCGCGGGCUCUCAUAGAACCGGGGAUGGUUGCUUUCGACCCUGCUUCGGACCUCACAGCUGAUGCGGCCCGGAAGGCUCGGGCAGAGUUCGAGUCGGUCCUCCAGAGUGCUGGUUCCUGGAGCCUCGUCCAAGUACUAAAUGGGCUGGUGAAACCCGGCGUAGUAGUCGAGUGGUUAAGGAAGGAGUUCGUAGUCGCUCUCAUGCGCGUACCCAUGAGACCUCAGGGCGUGCGCGCGACGUUAGAGUUCAUCUUCUCCGUACACCCAAGCAGUACAGCAGUCACUAGAGAGGAAGAGACCGCGCCUCAAAAGCGCGGGGCCAAUAUCGCUCCCGAGGCCUUGGCAAUGGCCGCAAAGCUGUUGUCGUCCACGCCCCCGGGCCUUGAGGACGGGGUCUGGGUCCGUGGAAUUGCACCCCAGCUGCUUGCUUUACUCGAUGGUGACGAAGGUCCUGAACUAGCCAGGGUGGCAGCUCACAUAAUAUCGUUUGGUAUUUUGGGUAGAAAACGGCUGGGCGCUCCAGGCGCGCCUGGCUGGAAUAUAUUCGUAGACCCGAUUCUACGCCGCAUUCGGCCGUCAUUAAGUCCUAAAUGGAGGUACGAGUUGGCUGAAGGCAAGAAUGAAGCUGAGGUUAUUGAUCUAAGCAAGGACCAAGUCAUCGUGGCCGCCGAGGACCUCGAGAUUGCCCUUCGUCGCCUUUCAUCUCUGCUCCAAGCCAGUCCGUCCCCUGGCCUAUGCAAAAGACUCAUAGACCCCAUCCUUCUUCAGCUCUGGAUACUCUCGUCCUGGAUAAAGCCCUCGCAGAGGACGAAGGAGAGAUACUGCGAUAUCGCCAUCCCCCUCUUGAGGAUGUAUCUUAAAGUUGCGUCGUCCCCCAGCAAGACCGAUAUCCUACUAGAGCACCUGAUGGCGGUUGGAGAUGUAGAAGGUGAGAAAAUCGUCUGGAAAUACCAAGAGACUUCGAGUGGUGAUUUGCAGGUCGUGAUCCCGAGGGUGGCUGAGCAGGUGCCCCAACUACAGGAUUUAGAUGCAGACGAUGUGGAAGAGAAAGCCUCGACCUUGGCCGCUACCGCUGCGGAGAAAGUCAUCAGCAACCCGAAUCAGCUUUUGGAACUUGUCUGCAACGUCCUCGAGGCUCAAAGCGCUGAAUCGCAGGAGAGCGAGAUUAUCGCUGUCAUCCUUAGCCUGUUGAAUCAAAUUGUAUCGGCGCCGCAAUUCCAAACGACACAAAUCAGCCCUGAAAAGCUCAGCCUUAUUGAGAGCUCGCUACAGCGGCUUUCCACGCACAAGUCACCAGAGAUAGCACAGACGGCAACGAAUCUCUCGCUUCUUCUCCAGUACCGAGACGAGUUGGAGGAGCCUUCGGAUGCUGUGCCGCCAACGCAGAGGCAGAUUGAGGAUCGGAAUACUUACAAGCUCGCCAUGUCAUACAUUAGAGACCCCGAAUCGCCACCGCCGGUUAGAUCUGAAGGUCUCAAUCUCAUAGCUGGCCUCAUUAAAUCCAGUAGCCCGGCUUUAGACAUCCCCGCUGUCCUGGUCCUUCUUUCGAAGCUACUAUCUGAUAGCGAAGAUUUCGUCAACCUCCGCAUCGUCAGAAUGCUCGUUCAGCUAGCAGAGAAGCACCCGAAAACGGUGUGCCACGAAGUACUUGAUCAUUAUCUUGACGCAAAAGAACUAGCUUCUACAGACACAAGAUUGCGCUUUGGCGAGGCCUUGGCCCAGAUUAUCGAACGGCUAGGCCAGACGUUUACCGGGGAACUAGCUACUCAAGUCUGCGAGGCGCUUCUAUCAAUCACCAGCCGCCGCGGGAACCGGGUUCUUGACAUGAGCGAGGAGGUUACCGAAGAGGAGCGGGAAAGGAACGAGAUUCUUGCUAGUAUUGUGGAAGGCUGGGAGAGCAAGCGCGGGGCCGAGGAUGUGCGCAUGCGGACCUCUGCCCUUUCCAUCAUGUCCGUCGCUGUGGAGACUCAUAUCGCGGGCAUCGGGCCGUCUCUGAUAUCAACCACCGUGGACUUAUGCCUACACAUACUAACCUUUGAGUCUGAGCUGGAAAAAGGCAUUUUGAGACGAGCAGCCAUCAUAUUCAUAAUGGGCUUCGCCCGCGCUCUCAAUGACGCAAGGGAGCAAGGACGAAGCCUCGGCUUUGGGCUCACAGAGGAGAGCCGCGAAGAUAUCAUGCGGACCCUCCAGUACAUCACAUUGACGGACAAUGACGGCUUAGUUCAGCAACACGCAAAGGACGUCAUAGAAAGCCUAGAUAACCUCCGGUUGGCCACGCUUCUGUCGCAGCAGGCGAGGCAGCCUGCGAAUAUAGAAAUGCUCGUAGGGUUGCCACCAAAGCUCGAUCUUCAUAGCGAUCGAUGUUUUGAGCCCGAUUCCGAGCCCUACCAAACCCACAACGGAUUGGUCAUCUGCAAAGCCGAGCGAUGGAACUUCUUCAACGGAUCCCGUGUUUUCCAGUCGGUGUACCUCGCGCAGCAGGGUGCGGCGAUAGCGAGCGCUUUUGGCGGCGAUGCGGUCGGCCCUGAGGGGCAUUUUCAACCUCCAGGUCUGCUCGACGGUAGUUUCAGAGAGACGCAGGAUUCUUUACCAGAGCUCGUUUCGGUAGCGAACGCUGGAGGGGCCAACUCUAGCCUAGGCCGUGCUAGCGGCGACCUCUUGACCAAGGCAAAUGCAGAGUAUGAUCCGUGGGCCAUGCCCAGCAGCCCGGCAGAAGAGCCUCGUGCGUCAACGAGAGGUCGAAUGUCGGCGAUUGACGCCGACGCUCUGCAGAUAGUGGACCUCGUGUCUCCUGAGCGGCCAACGCACAAGGGAAGACGACGCAUUGAGAGGCCGGGGGCGAGUCUUGACGACGGCGACUCGACGCAACCUCUUGGAGACGGAACUGACAAGGCUUUCCGGAAUGGAGGUACCGGACUCUACGUGGAGGCUUCUAGGAUGACUUCGAGCCAAAUGAAGCAGUAUGAGGAUGUCAGCCUGCCUGGGCUAAGUCCGCUGGAGGAGCCCGUAUCCUUGAGUCGAAAUAACCAUCUGGUUCGAUCAAGCGGCUCGGCUACAAUCGCCUACCCGACGCCUACGCAGGCCGCCACCAAAAUCAAGAAACAGCCCUACUCCUCCCCCUUGGAGCACCGCGAGGGACAGAUACAGCAAAAAGAGGACAACUACGAUGAAGACUGGAACGAGAAGGACUUUAGAGUCCCGAGACAGCCUGAGCAGAAGCCUGGCCGACAGAAGCGCGCUCAACGGACCAACAAGAAAGGCGCUCGUGGGAAACCAAAGGAACAAGAUGACUCAACUACGACGCCGCUAGGGGACGGAAGCGGAAGUGCCGAGGAUGAGCUGGCGCAUAUACCGACUGAACCCCGACAGAGCACACGUGCGAAAAGGGCGGCCGAUCUCGAGCAGGCUCCCGCUAUCGCUGUUGCUGCAACGGCAGCCGGCGAGGAGGUCCGAUUGGAAAGCGCACCGCCGCAAAGAAAAACGCGGGCGCCCUAA